UGAAAAAAACCUUUGACACAGCAAACACUUUAGGGUAAACUGCAGCAGUUCAUUUCCUCUCACGGUUGGAUUUGCAGUGCGUUUCUAAACAUCAGACAGCUUGUCCGAUUUACAGGAGAACUCAAAACACCUGUAAGAUGUCUUUGAAAGGGAUCCUGAAGAUAUUUAUGAUCAUCUUCAACAGUGCAAUCUUUUUAGCAGGAGCUGCGGCUGUGGUCAUUGGCAUUUUGGCAAAAACGCAUGCACUUGGAGUGCUGAUGACCAUUAAAGACAAUGCCACAGAUGUAGUGGGUCUGUCUAAUGCUAGCUACGUGCUGAUCGCUGUUGGGGCCGUACUCGCCCUCAUGGGCUUCCUGGGCUUCCUGAGCUUCCUGGGCGUCUGUAAAUCCGACUCCCAGAAUAAGCGCAAGCUUCUGAUUGUGAGUGACCUCUGACCCUGGUUUUCAAUCACUCUUUUCUGUGAAAAAUUUGCAUCUUACCCCAAAUGUAGUCAGACACCAAGGGUAUGUUUA